AAAUUUUUAAUCUCAUGUCAUAAGAAAUUUUAAAUUAAUAAGUUUUAUAAAUCUAAGAUAUAGAGUAAUAUCUAACUGACCCUAAUAUAGUUUCUAAAAUAGAUAAUGAUUAUAAUGAAUUAUUAAAUGAUUUAAAUUAUAAUCCAGAAUUAUCAGAUUUUAAAUUAUAAUAUGAAUCUUUGUAUAACGCUUUAAAAUAAUCAUUAAAUACAGAAUAAGGAUCAAUAAGAAGAAUAAAAGAUAAUAAUUAUGAACUUAUAUUAAAUUAGUCUAAAAUAGAUGGUAUUGUAAAAACUAUAUAAUCUAGUGAAGAAAAUCUUGAAUAGGCAUAAAAGGAAUUAGAUGAAAAAAAAAAAAUAUUGAAUAAUAUAAAAUGUAGAAAAUAUAAAUUCAAUAAAAAAUAGAAUAAGCAUAAAUAGAAUUAACUAAUCUUAAUAAAAAAACUGAUUAAAGACUUGAAGAAGUAGAAUUAAACAAUGAAGUUAUUUUAUAAAAUUUAUAAAAAUAAAAAUAAGAAUUACAAAAAAUUAGUGAAUAAUUAUCAAAUAAAAUUAAAUUCAUUCGAAAUGAAAAUGAACAUUAUUAAAAUGAACUUUAAUCAGAUGAAUUAAGAAAUGGCGAAUAUUAAUAAUAAUUAAUAGAUUUAAAUUAAUAAAUAUUAGAUAUUAAGGACUAAACGUUAAAAUAAGAACAAAAAAAGGCUAGUUUAUAUAAAGAAAUGGAAGAAAUUCGAUAAAGUAUAGAUUUAUCAAAAGAAGAAUUAUCUAAAAAAUAAGAUAUUAUCAAAGAUAAUAAAAAACAAUAUGAAUAAAUAUCAAAAUUAAUAACUAAAUAAAGAUUUUAGAAGAACGAAAAUACUGAUACCAUAAAGAAUCUUAAAAUUUAAAAACCUUAAUGCGAGAAAGAAUUAGAGAGUUAAAAAUAGUAAUUAGAAUUGAUAAAUGGAAAUAUAUAAAAAUAACAAUAGGAUAAACUGUAAUAUUCAGAAUAAAUUUAAAUGAAAUAGAAAUAAGUGAAAGAAUUUAAAAAAGAAUAUGACAUUUUAAGUAAGAAAAAGAAUUAAAUUAUUAUGGAAAAGGAAAUUCUGGAAAAGAAAAAAGAUGAAAUGUUCGAACUGGAAAAAAUCGAAGGUGAAAGCCUAGAAAUUUUUAAGAAAAAAUACGAAGAAAUCAAAGAUGAAAUCCAGCUUAAAAAUAAAGAAAGACAAAUUAAUAAUUAUCAAUUAAAAAAAGCUGAAAACGAACAACAUGAUGUGGAUGAGAGUAUUAUUUAUUAAUUAAAUAAACUUAAAAAAAUUGAAAAUUAAAUCCUUGGGUACGAAUCUGAAAAUGAAAAAUUAAGAAAAAUUGUCACAUAAUUACAAAAAGAAUAGGAAAAAUAUGGUAUAGAAGCAUCUUAGGCUCAUGCAAAAUAUUAUUAAACUUGCGAAGAGGUUAAAAUUAAAAUUAAUUAAAUUGCGGAAUAAAAGUAGAAAAAUUAAGCAAUUUUGUCAAAGUUGAAACAUUAGUAACAUUUAUAUGAAGCAGUUAGGUCUGAUAGGAAUUUAUAUUCUAAGAAUUUAUUGGAUUGUAUGAAGGAAUUGGAUGAAUUGGAAGAAAAAAAGAAAAGAAAUAAAUAAUAGGUUGAUUAAUAUAAAGAAGAAAUUAGAUAAAAAGAUAAUGAAUUAAUCAAUUUGGACUUUGACUAUAAUAAAAUUAUUGAAGAGAAUAAAAAAACAGAAAUGGAAAAAGAAAGAGUAUAAAAAGCUAUUAAUUCGACUGAAGAAGUCAUUAAAAGUCAAGAAGAACAUAUUUCUAAACUUAAAUUUUAGAUUUAAGAUUUAAAAGUGAAGAAAUAAAAACAUUAAAAAGAUCUAGAAAUGGUUUUGGGAGAAAGAGAUAUUUUAGGAACUUAAUUAAUAAAAAGAAAUUAAGAAUUAAAUAUAUUAGAAGAAAAAAUAAAACUUUUAUAGAGUAAUCUUUGUAAAGGAGAAAUUUAUUAUAAAGAAAAAUAAGAUGAACUUUCAGAUUUAAAGAAUACACUUUCUUCACUUAUAAAUGAACUAAAGGCAACUGAGGAAUAAAUUUUGUGUAUUCCAGAUUUUAAGAAUGAAAUAAAUUCUUUGUAGAAAGAUAUAUUAGCAGAGCAAACAAAAAUAAAAGCUCUAUAAGAUGAAUUAGAUAAUCCUUUAAAUGUACAUAGAUGGAGAAAAUUGGAAGUAACAAAUUAUGAAAGUUAUGAAAAGAUUCUAUAAAUUUAGAGUUUAUAAAGAAAACUUAUAGCAAAAACCGAAGAAGUAGAAUAAAAGGAAAAAAUUAUAAAAGAAAAAGAAAAAUUAUUCAUAGAAUUAAAGAAUAUACUAGCCAGAUAGCCUGGGCAAGAAAUACAUUAAUAAUUAGUAUAAUAUAAAAAAAGUCUUAAAGAAAAAGUAGGGUAGAUGAAAAAAAUGCUAGGAGAAUUAAAAGAUGCAAAAGAAUAAAGUGAUAUAUUAAAAUAUGAAAAUAAAAGACUAAAUGAAUAGUUAUAAGAUAUAAAAAAAAAAUAUAUUAAAAGAAGAAAAGAAGAAGAUAAAGACGAAUUUUUAGCAUUAAAAAAUUAAGAAAAUAUUAUUGAUAAUAAUAAUAAAUUCAAUAAUAAUAUUAUAUUUAACAGUUAAGAAUAGAAAUAAGCUUGA